AUGGCUUUCUCCACCUCCGUGUCGGUUAUUUUUCUGAUCUCCGCUAUCGGUUGUUGGGUCUCAGUUUCUGGGGACUUGCGAGCGGAUCUUAAGGAUUUUGUAGCCCUGGUUCCCCGUCGAAGAAUUGGCUUUAUCGCCGCCAGAUACUAUAUCUUCGAUCCCAAGUUCCGUCAGGCAGUCGAGUUUGUGCGGAGCGAUGACUUUAUAACGACCUGGAAGCAAGUGCGAGCCGCUCCCGACUUUGUGGAUAUCAUUAACUAUCUGACCGAGUACGGUUCGGGCUUUGAUAUCACAACUCUUGUGGAUAGUUUGCCCAACCGACUGCGUGCCUAUCAACUGUCGCGCACUGUACCCGUGGAACUUAUGCUGCGCCGCGAUUUGACUACUUUCCUUCGGGAUGUUAUUCAAAGUUUGCCAAGGACCAGAAUCUAUUCGCUAAUGUCACAGAAAAUGCGACAGAGCAGCGAAUUCGCCAAACUCUACAAGUCUCUACGGAAUCCAGAGUUUAAGGAGCUAGUGCAGCGUGCCAGGCGUUCCGGUCAACUGCAAGCGCCAAUAAAGAAAUUGAAUCAAAAAAGCAUAAACGUUGAUGAACUAAUCCAAGUCCUCUUUGAGGUAAUCAGUUGGGGUCCUCAGAUUUCUUAGACUGUUUAAUUUAUAAACUAAUCUAUUUUAAAAAUAUUAUUAUUUAUUAAUAAAUAUUACUUGUUAUGCAUCAUA